UGCCAGUGGGGCUAAAAUGGACCUGCUGAACGGCAGCACUCCACAGCUUGUGGAGUCUGGCGCUCAAAAUAACAUUAAAAAUGUCCCUUUAGCAACUUCUACCACAGCACCUGAUAAAGUAAUAAACAUUAAAACUGAUAGUAGCCAGAUUGGAGGAAAUGUGAGUGAUGAGGAACUCCUUAAAGGUCUCCUUACUGACCAACUCUGCCAUGUGUGUAAUGCUGUGCUAUUGUUUGAGUCUCAGCGGCUGUCACAUUAUGAGGGGAAAAAACAUGCCCAGAAGUUGAAGUUGUAUCUGCAUAACAAGAGAGAUGAAAUGAGACACAAAGAGUCUUCUGGACUGGUGCACCGCAUGCCAAACGAUAAGGAUCGUUUCUGCGAGCUAUGUAACAUGGUUUUCACCUCUGCUGUGGUGGCAAAGUCGCAUUACGAAGGCAGAGUCCACAGCAAAAAUCUCAGAAAACAAAGUGCUCCUAAACUGGAGGUCGGUACUUUACCCAAGCCACAGUUGGACCGUGCCACUGAAGAUCGGUUGUCGGGAUCAGGGGACUGUACAGACCCACCAACGAAUUCAACUGCAUGUAGUUCAGAUCCAAACAAAUACUGUGCCUUGUGUGAGAUCUCCUUCAAUAAUGGCCAAAUGGCAGUGCAACACUAUAAUGGCCGCAAGCACCAAAGGAACUUAGCCAGACAGCAGAUGAUGCAAAAGCUUGAAGAGCUUCAUGAAGAAAACCCUUUGACGUGCGCCAUAUGUAAUUUGCAAUUCAACUCUGUAGAGAUGUACCAAGCCCAUAUGCAGGGUAACAAGCACUACAUGAGGGAGAAAAAGGUCUUCGAGCUCUGCAAAUCCCAGAAGAAAUCUUAUAACACAUUUGCUGAUGAACUUGCACAUUACAUCGAAGUCCAGAAAGCUCGUGGAAUCACACCUAGGAUUGGCAAGUUUAAAUCUAAGGAUGAAACGCAGAAGGAAUGUGAUGAAGUAGAAGUAAUACCCGAUUGGGAGAAUGAACAUAUCACACAACAAUAUCCACAGACUAUAGACAACUUUUCUCCCAAUGAACAUAUCACACAACAAUAUCCACAGACUAUAGACAACUUUGCUCCCACGUAUCACCUUGACCUACCCUAUCACGCCCCUCAGUUCACUGUACAAGGUUUUCAACCUCCAUAUACUGACUCUCCAUGGCUUUCAGAUGGUUGGGACAGCUAUAAGCCGCCAUCUCCUCCAUACUUGAAGCCAUCUGUGGAAUCUGGUGCUCGAUUUCUGAAGAGACAUAGAAAGUGCUCAAGCUCCUCCUCGUAUUCUACCUCAUCAUCUUCCUUGUCUUCCUCUUGUACUAGUAGUGGAGCAAGUAAUCAUGAUGAAGGGAAACACAGACAAAGAGAGAAGAGGAGGAGCAAAAAAUCCCGGAGGGAAAGAGGUAGACGAUCAAGAACAACAAACUCAGACAAGACGAGGCAAAGGCAACAAAACAAAGCAAGAGAUUAUAACCCAGAGGAGAGGAGGAGUGAUGAUAAUGAAGCGGGGGGAGAUCGGAAAAAAAAGCGCAAGUACCACAGCAAGCAUAGAUCACAAGAAAAGAAAGAACUAAAGGGAGAAGAUGGGGUGAAAGACAGCAUCGCGCCAGCAGACUUGGUAGAAACCCAACAAGAGACAGAAGAAAAUGUUGUGCAAUUGGAUGACAGACAGGCAGAGCAUGACAAUACGAAAACCAGAAAAGAUAAGAAAAAAGCAAAAGAGAUGCUAGACAAUAGGACAGAGGAGGAAAAGUUGUGGGAUGAUUCCAUUCUUGGCUUUUAAACCCAGGAAAUGGAUUGGAAAUGUAUAAAUAUGCCAUUUUAGCAUGAUUAAAGAGCAAUAUUACUCAUGUAUACAUUUUAUAAUUAAAACACUUGAGUGAUUUAGGUAAUGGAUUAGUCCUGAAAUAUUUUUAGUUAAUAUGUUUGGACUCCAGUUAACGUAUUGCUUAAUGUUUGAAGGUGUUUCACACCCACGUCCUAUGUUUCUCACUAUGUUUGAUACCAUUUAAUCAACAUGCACUUUCAAUUGUUAGUGGUGUGAAUGUUCUUGUUUUUUUUUUUAAAUAAACACAAUUGAAAACAAUAUGGCAGAUCCAAAUAGUGUAUUCGGUUAAUCCCCGUGCGUUGAUGCUUUUACUGUAAGUCGGUUAAGACCAUACCCAGGAGUGACCACUUUUUUUUUUUAAACUGGUAUCAAUUAUAGUUGCGGGCUAUCACUUU